AUCAAAUAGAGAGCAAAUACUAUAGUGAAUUCGUUUCUAUAAUGCGAACACCUUACAGUGGGGGUAAUUCCCUCCUGGCCUUUGCCGCUUUCGCUCUUAUAUCCACCGCCGCAGCCCUAACAGCGACGGCAACAGGAACGAGUACCUCUUUGCCAACUCUCAGUCCUGUUCACUAUGCUCAAACGUCUACGCUCUCUAUCGAGUACUAUGAUUCUGCGGGUAAGAACGACACUGCUCCCGUCGCCAUACUUAUCCAUGGAUUCCCCUAUUCGAUAGAUACCUAUGUCGAUGUUGUUCCAAAACUUGAGAAUGAAGGAUUUCGCGUCAUUGUCCCGUUUCUUCGAGGAUUUGGAAAUACAACAUUCCUGUCCACGACCACACUACGCAGUGCAGAACAAGCUGCAUUGGGCAAAGACGUUAUCGACCUGAUGGACGCUCUUAAAAUCGAGAAGGCCAUCUUUGCAGGUUACGAUUGGGGAACGGUUGUGGUCAAUGUUGCGGCCGCGUUGUGGCCGGACAGAUGCUCAGGAAUGGUCGCAGCAAACUCCUAUCUCAUUCAAAACCGACAGACCGCCUGGAAUGUUGCUCCUGCCGGCUCGUACCCUGUUAAAUGGUACUAUUACGUUUUUCUCACUCCUCCCGGGUACAGCUCACUAGCCAGCGACACGAAAGGCUGGGCCGAAGUACUCUGGUCAAAAAAUAGCCCAAACUGGACUUACACCGAAGGGCAACUAGAUGCUGCAUCCCUGGCCUUCCAUAAUCCAGACUACGUCAAUAUUGCAACCAACUUCUAUCGCAAUCGUCUACUUUAUGCUCCGGGGGAUCCUAAGUAUGCCGAGCUAGCAAAUGCGCUAGAUAAGCAGCCUGUUAUCACUGUGCCAUCUGUCACACUGGAUCCGGAUCAAGCUGUCGUGUUUCCGGCUACGAAUGGUAGUACCACGGCAAAGUAUUUCUCAGGGCCGAGGAAUCAUCACAUUGUGAGGGGCUGUGGCGAGAAUAUACCACUGGAAAGACCCGAUGUUUUCGCGAAUGCAGUACUGGAAGUGGCACAGCUGAACAAAGGACGCUAGAAGCGUCCGUAAUGUAAUGCUUUCAGAAUUCGGCGUUGGUUUAGACCGAAAUUUAAGAUAGAAAGAAUCACUUGCUUUUAAUUUACUACCCAAAAGAUAGUUUUCAAUAAAUGUACA